AUGGCUACAAAUGAAGAUUUAAUGAAGUUGCUUUUGGAGAUAAAAGUGGACGUCAGUGCCAGUAAAGAAUCGAUUUCUAGUGUAGUUUCUGAGAUCUCAAGUUUGAAAAGUGACAAUAAAAGGUUGUUUUCGAACUUGGAAGAUUGUAAGGACGAUUACAAGAAAUUAAGGAUUGAAAAUCAACAACUACAGAAGAGAUUGGUCCAGGCGGAACAAUCAAUACAGUACCUACAAAAAAAAGAUAGGGAGAAAAACCUCAUUAUGUUUGGUGUCGAAGAAUCUGAGAAUGAAGAUUUACUAGUUAAAGUGCUCAGUGUUUUCUCUUCAACCGAAAUUAACAUUGAAAAGGAGGACAUUCAUUCCAUCAAAAGACUUGGAUUUAAUCGAGGCACCAGGCCUCUUAUGAUACAGUUUAAUGCUUUGCAACCGAAAAUCUUGAUUUUCAUAAACGUAGUUAAGUUGAGAAACUUGAAUCUGAGUGUUACCAACGACCUUUCGAAGGAACAGCGAAUGGAACGCAAGGAGACUCGUGUGAAACUGUUUGAUUGUAAACAGAAACUCUAUAAACUCGGUAUAAACGCUCAAGUCAAAAAUACAAAGUUGAUUUGUGAAAACCAAGUGUAUAGUAUACAAUCAGCCUUAGAGUACAUUCAAUUGCUCAAUAAGGAAGGAAAUAAUCAGAGGGAAGAUGUCAGUGAUUCGGAUAGUACGGAAUCGGUCAAUUCCAUUGCGUCCACCGCCAGUAAGAAGAGAGGGAGACCUCCCGGUUCGAAAAGUGACCCCCUGAAGAAAAUCAAAAAAACAGGAAAGGCUUCAGCAUCUCCUUCUACAAGCAGACUGAAGGACUUUUUUAAAAAGAAUGGAAAUAACUUGAACAACGAACCGAGAAGUAAUAAUAAGGAUUGA